GCCCUAAUCCCCAAGUAGCUCUUCCGGGUCACUGCAGUCUUCACGGGCUGCAGACUCCGCCCAUGGUCCGUCCUUCAGGCCUUGACUCCGCCCACGCAUCGACGUAGAAUUUCCCGGCCGGGCUCCAUGAAGUACCACCCACCUGCGACGCCGACGCAAGGCUGCUGCUAUGGGGCCGGGCGGCCGUGUGGCGCGGCUGCUCGCCCCACUAAUGUGGCGCAGGGCGGUUUCCUCGGUGGCGGGGUCCGCGGUUGGAGCCGAGCCCGGGCUUCGGCUGCUGGCCGUGCAGCGGCUUCCCGUGGGAGCAGCGUUCUGCCGGGCUUGCCAGACCCCAAACUUUGUCCGCGGCCUGCACAGCGAGCCUGGGCUGGAGGAGCGGGCGGAGGGGACGGUCAACGAGGGACGCCCAGAAUCGGACGCGGCAGAUCAUACUGGUCCCAAGUUUGACAUCGAUAUGAUGGUUUCACUUCUGAGGCAAGAAAAUGCAAGAGACAUUUGUGUGAUCCAGGUUCCUCCAGAAAUGAGAUAUACAGAUUACUUUGUGAUUGUUAGUGGAACUUCUACCCGACACUUACAUGCCAUGGCCUUCUACGUUGUGAAAAUGUACAAACACCUGAAAUGUAAACGUGACCCUCAUGUUAAGAUAGAAGGGAAGGACACUGAUGACUGGCUGUGCGUGGAUUUUGGCAGCAUGGUGAUUCAUUUGAUGCUUCCAGAAACCAGAGAAAUCUAUGAAUUAGAGAAAUUAUGGACCCUACGUUCUUAUGAUGACCAGUUAGCUCAGAUAGCACCUGAGACGGUACCUGAAGACUUCAUUCUUGGAAUAGAAGAAGAUGAUACUUCAUCUGUGACUCCAGUGGAGUUAAAAUGUGAAUAAAAUAUUUUAUGCACUGCGUUAGUCAUUUCA